AUGGGUACCGGAAAGAAAGAGGCAACCAGGAGGGAGCGGCAGGGGAAGACUGGCGAUGGCAUGAGCAAUGUCAGGACCAAGGGCGAGAACUUCUAUCGCGAUGCGAAGAGGGUGAAGCACCUGAACAUGUUCAAGGAUGGCAAGGCCCAGAGGAACGCACGCGGUGAAAUCACCAAGGCUGCCUCGUACCAGUCCAAGGAAAUUCCCAAUGCCCGCAUCGAGCCGAACCGCAAAUGGUUCACCAACUCCCGCGUCAUCAGCCAAGAAUCCCUCUCGGCGUUCCGCACCGCCAUGGCUGAGCGUGCAACAGACCCAUACUCGGUGCUGCUGAAGUCGAACAAACUUCCCAUGUCCCUGAUCAGAGACGGUCAGGACAAAGUCAACGGGAUCAAGCAACAUCAAGCCAAGAUGACCAUUGACACGGCUCCGUUCAAGGAUACUUUCGGCCCCAAGGCACAGAGGAAGCGAGUGAAGAUUGGUGUCUCGAACAUCGAGGAUCUUGCGGGAGAGACAGUCAAGUCCCAUGAUAACUACCUGGAUCGUCUCGAGCAAGCACAACUGCUGAGCGGAAACUCUGGAGCUGGGGGCGAGGGUGACGACUUCGACAUGACCUCAGCAGCACGUGAGGCUGUCUUCUCCAAGGGCCAGAGCAAGCGUAUUUGGAACGAGCUGUACAAGGUCAUUGACUCUUCCGAUGUGGUAAUACACGUCCUGGAUGCCAGAGACCCUCUUGGUACGAGAUGUCGGUCUGUGGAGAAGUACAUCAGAGAGGAGGCACCUCACAAGCACCUGAUCUUUGUGUUGAACAAGUGUGACUUGGUGCCGACGAAGAUUGCUGCUGCUUGGGUCCGCUAUCUCUCGAAGGAUUACCCCACCCUCGCUUUCCACGCUUCGAUCAACAACAGCUUUGGAAAAGGCUCUUUGAUCUCUCUCCUCCGCCAAUUUUCUUCCCUUCACUCCGAUCGCAAGCAAAUCUCUUGUGGUUUGAUUGGCUACCCCAACAUUGGCAAGUCUUCUAUCAUCAACACGUUGAGGAAGAAGAAGGUUUGCACGACGGCGCCCAUCCCCGGUGAGACGAAGGUCUGGCAAUAUGUCACGCUCAUGAAGCGGAUUUACCUCAUUGACUGCCCCGGUAUCGUCCCUCCGAACGGCAACGACACUGAUGCCGAUCUUUUGCUUCGUGGUGUCGUGCGCCUUGAGAAGACGGAGCAUCCCGAGCAGUACGUUGCCGCUGCGUUGGCCAAGUGCAAGAAGCAGCAUGUGCUGCGGACAUACGAGCUCAAGGACUACAAGGAUCACGAGGAUUUCUUGGAGCAGCUUGCCCGAAAGGGUGGAAGACUGCUGAAGGGUGGCGAAGCUGAUCUGGAUAGUGUUGCCAAGAUGGUGCUCACCGAUUUCAUGCGCGGCAAGAUCCCGUGGUACACUCCCCUUCCAGACAAGGAGGAUGACGACCAGGCUGCAAGUUCCGAGAGCCGACAAGGCCGUCUUGGUGAGAUGCCUCGCAAGAGGAAGCGCGAGGAGGAGACCAAGUCGGAAGCCGGAGGCGAGGUUCAGGAGCCUGAGGACGAAGAAGAUGACGAUGAUUCGUUCGAGGGCUUCGAGUCUGGUGAGGACGAUGAUGAGGACUCCGAGGCGGGCGAUGCGGAGACUUUGGUCGCUGAAGAAGAUGAUGAAGAAGACGAUGAGGCGGUCGAAGCAGAUCUUGCACGGAUAUCAGAAGCGUUGGCCAGUGCGAAAAAGAAGAGAAAGGCGUAA